AUGUCAGAGGUCGCGAAACAGGCCAUCGCAGAGGUCUCCCACAUCAACAUCGACGAGCUGAUCAAGCCCAAGUCUUUCACGGCCGAACUCGAAGAGUCCAUCCGAGGCCACAUCCACGAAGAGCUGACCAGCUGGCUCUUCUUCCGCAAGUUGGCAGCCGACUGUUCCAGCGCGAACAUCUGCCUGCACGGAUUCGCCAUGCUGUUUGAUCGCUUCGCCGCCCAAUGCCUACUAGACAUGCACUGGCUGGAGAAAUACCUCAUCACCCGCGGGGGAACAAGCAAACCCACCCCUAUCCAUCCCCCCUCCAACGCCUGUUUCCCUAGUAGUCCCGUGGAACCUGUGCGGCCGACGCGCGACGCCCUGGCCGUCCAGAAACGCCUGCUAGAGGAUCUGGAGCGGUUGGUCGUCCUCGCCACCCGCUCGGGGGAUACCUCGCUUGCUAUCGCGGUGGAGAAUCGCUUCCUCCGGAAACAGGUCCGGUAUGUGAAGGAUCUGGGGGAUCUGCUUCAGCAGGUGACGCGGGUGAGCAAGCAGGCCGGCCUGGGCUUGUAUCAGCUUGAUAUGGAGUUGAGGAAGUUCAAGGGAAAGAUCAGUUGGGCCUAUAGCAAUGAUCCGGAUAAACAUGAUCGUCAGGUAGAUGAUUUGGUUACUCGUAUCACUGAGGGGAUGGAGGUCACGGAGGGGGCGAAGCAUCAUGGGUUUGGUCAUUAG